UCAACCCUCACCUCACCUCACCACGCCACACCUCGCCUCACCUCCUUUCUCUCUCUUAUUAAUCAUCACCCGCUUCUGCUUGCAUGCCAAACCCCUGCAACACCUCCCAAACCACUCUCAUAAAAAUGGCCUCUUUCUUUAUUCUUUCUUCCACCUCCACAUGUUCCCUUCGUUCUCUCUUACCUUCAUCGCGCUUUCAUUGCCCACUAGAGAAGCCGCACAGCCUGCUACUGAAACCAAUUUCUUGAACAUUUCACCGCCACCGUCACCGUCACCGUCACCGUCACCAUCACAAUUGCUAUAAUAAAGACCUCUUGGAAUUCAUUUUUGUUGCUUAAUAUUUUUAUUUUCUUUUGUAAUCUGGGCUGCCCAUUUCGUUUUUUUGAUGAUUCUGUUAGUUGAUUUGGUCAAAGCCGUAUCUUGGUGCUGCUUGGCUCUUUCAAGCUUGGAUUUCAGUUUUCUUGAUUUGGUUACUGAUCUGCUUUCAGAUCUUCAAAGCUUAGAUUUCUCUCUUUUCUGGUCAGUUUUCUCCAGCACCUACUUAUUCGGUAGAGUUCUUUGAGUUUAGGCUCAGGCUUGGUAGUGGCUUCUAGGGUUUAUCAAAUAUCAUAACUGCUCGGUACUUUGUGGUUUAAUUGGAUUUUUAACUGAUUAGUUCCUUUUGACCUGUUGCUGGGGGAAGUGAGUUGAUGACGGCUUAGUUGGUUGGUUGGCUUUGAUAAUUUGUCUCACUUGUUAGUUGUUAUAUGGAGAAUCUGUAGCUAGUGGUUAGAGUUUCUGAUCUAAUUUUGUUUCUGGCAUCUUGUCAAAUUUUAUGACAAUCCACUUUUUGUUGUUUUAGCUGUUCCACUUUUGGCAGAAAAAUCAUGGGGUGUGCUAUUGCUAACUUCUUUAUGACAGUAAUUUGUAGCAACAUUCUAGCUUAGUUUGAAGAUUGUACAAUUGUAACGGUUUAGGUAUCCAAUGAGUGGAGUUUUAACCCUUUGCCAUUUCAGUGAAAUUGGUAGGCUACGUAAUUAGGACCGUUUAGUGGGUUUCUUUUGUUAUGUAAGAUCUCUUUUGGUGAUUUCUGUCAACAUGACUGGAAAUGGUAACUGUUUCGUUGAAUGGAAAGAACAAUAUAUUUCUCAGGAGCGGGGGAACCGUGUGGUUCACUAUUUCCUAAAAGAUUCUGCUGGGGAAUCCGUCCUUGCAGUUGUGGGUACUGAGAGGAGUGUUAGGCACAUGUUCUAUGUUGUUGCCGAGGAGUUUGUGCAGGUUUAUGGUGCAGAAAAUUCAAUUCAUGCUGGUUUCAAAUGGAGGUCAAGAAGGGAGGUUGUGGAUUGGCUUACGUCUAUGUUAUCAAAGCAGCAUCUGCAGGGUGAUCGGUCCAAAUCACCGAAACAUGAUUUAGCGCAACCUUUAGACUCUCCUGAAUACUCCAUCAAUGGGUUUGGUUCUCAUCAGCCACAGGGCCGUCUUUCUAGGAACUUGAGUGGACAUAAUUCGGACAUUGUCUGGUCAGGUAUUGCAUGGACAUGUGGAAAGCAGCUCAAGCAUUACCCAGCAUUCUGUCGAAAUGGGAUUACAAUAGCGAUCCAAUCCUUUGUUUUUGUCAUGGCUAAAGAAGAGAACCAUUACCUUGCUUAUUUGGAAGACAUGUAUGAAGACAAGAGAGGACAGAAGAAAGUCAAAGUGAGGUGGUUUCAUCAUAACCAGGAAGUGAAGGGCGUAGUUCCUCUAAGAAACGCACAUCCAAAAGAAGUUUUCAUCACUCCUUAUUCGCAGGUCAUAAGUGCAGAAUGUGUUGAUGGUCCUGCUAUAGUUUUAACACGUGAGCAUUAUGAGGAAUGCUUGGCUUCUUUUCCUAAUGCUUUAUCAACUAGAAUACGUUUGUGCUUUAGGCAGUUCAGAAGCAAUAAGGUGAAGCCUUUUGACUUGAGUAAAUUACGUGGUUACUUUGAUCAACCAAUUCUCUCUUGUUUGAACUCCAAAUCAUUUCCUGGGGCUGAUCCACUGGAACAUGGCCUAGCUGGUGAAGAAAAUGAAGAAGUGAGCCCAGAUGAAAAUGUAAAGUUGGGAUCCAAGAGAACCAGGAGAAGUAGGGGGGGUGAAACAUUGGUGACAGGUCAUUCAGGAGUUGGAAUUACUGGUAGCCGGAUGAUGACUUUUGAGCCUUCUUAUUUCAACUUAAGAAAUGCUAUGUCAGGCAAAAGAUUGCUUCCCCUCAAGCACGUUGAAUCCCAACUUCGAUGCAGUCAACUGUUUAAAGUUGAUGAGAAGAUUGAAUUAUUGUGCCAAGAUAGUGGUAUAAGAGGCUGCUGGUUUAGGUGUACAGUCUUGCAAGUGUCCCGAAAACAGAUAAAAGUUCAAUAUGAUGAUUUAAGGGAUGAAGAUGAGUAUGGCAAUCUUGAGGAAUGGAUCCCAGCUUUCAAAUUAGCGGUGCCUGAUAAACUUGGCAUGAGGCGCUCAGGCCGUCCAACAAUUCGACCGGCACCUUCUGCAAAUGAACAAACUGAUCUUGCUCUUGAGAUUGGCUCUGCAGUCGAUGCAUGGUGGAGUGAUGGCUGGUGGGAAGGGGUGGUAACUGGAAUCGAUAGUAGCAAUGAUCAUAUGCUACAAGUUUAUUUUCCUGGUGAAAACUUCUUCUUGAGCAUACACAAAAAGGACGCAAGAACUUCCAGAGAUUGGGUGGGAAACCAGUGGAUUGAUAUUCAGGCUAAACCUGACAUACUUUCAGCUAUAUCUACAUCCAUUAGCCCAGACUCAAAAAUGUCCAUGUCUUCAACUGUUGCCAAGGACAUGAAGCCUGAUGACUUUGCUAUGUUCAACACUGAAGUUCCUAAUAGCACUGUACCCAAUAACAUGGAAGAGAAAAAGCCCGACAUAGCUACAUUAACCAGUACUGAUAACAUUGCAGAAGACAUGGACUGUGAUGAUGAUAGGAAGCCUCCAGUUUCAGAUAACAAAGCCGAGGAGGAUGGUGGUAGUGACAUAAACAUCGUUCAUGAUAAAAAAGAUGAAGUUCAAGGUAACAAUGAUGUUGAUGAGGUUGAUAAUGGUGUUAAAAAAAAUGACGACAAGAUGGAUAUGGAGGUGUUCGAUACUUCUGAUAAGAAUUGUAAUGCUAUGGAGCUCAUGGAAGUGACAGCAUGAGAUGUUUGAAGCAGGCUUGUAUCGCAUUAGCUCAUGAUUGUUGUGAUGAUACUAAUACAGAUAGGUUUCAUUUGGUGGUCACUAGAAAGAGUGUCUGUAAAUAUUUAACAUGAGGAUUCUCAAAAACUUAAUGCGCCAUAACUGAGUUUGGUGUUCAUAGGUGUACAGGAAUCAUAUUAGGUAUUUUUAUUUUCUGUUGUAACUGUUGUGGUAAUGAUAAUUGGGAUUGGCAUUGGCAUUUGAAUUCCUUCAGUAAGAAGCCCCUAAUUGAGUCAGAUCUGCCAAGUGGUUUCUCACUUGAUUUGCUUCUUGCUUGUAAUUUGUACUCUCAUAAUAUUAAAAUUACUUAUAUAUUCUGUACUCCUUUCAUGUGCUA